GGUUAUGAAGCUUCAAAGAUAAAACAAAACAUAACCUUUCUUUAAUGUCAACAGUACUGCAUCGACCGGUGCAAUUCUCGCUAACGAAAUUGUUAAAAUAAACACAAAUUUUGUUAAUACAAACGUGGAUAAAAAUAAAAUUCUUAAUGAAGACUACUCCGCAUCAAAGAUUAGUUAUGGUUGGCGAUCGAGACGGACUAAAAGAAUUAUUACGUCGUCGAUUAGUGGAAUGUGGUUGGAGAGAUCAAGUAAAAUUAAUCUGCAAGGAGUUAAUAAAAGAACAUGGUCACGAUAUUACAUACGACAAAUUACUUUCCAUUGUUACGACUAGAGCAAGAACACUUGUACCAGACUCUGUUAAAAAGGAGCUUUUGCAAAAGAUAAAGAAUCAACUUAUUACUCAGGAAGAAAAAUUAAAAAUGUAACAAAUUAGGGAUUUUUAUUUAUAAUGUUUUAUUUUGUAAAAAGAAUAUCCUUUACUGACUACUAUGUGAGAAUAUCGUUAUAUGAUUUUAACAUACAUUA